CUCACUUGCCGUGUAUUGUCGUUUCUGUGGUUCUAAAUGGCGAAUUUGAGCGAUUUGGUAGAUUUUGGGUUGACUGUUACUCUACUGUAUAAAACAGGUACACGUGCUUGUGAAGUCUUAUGAUUCAUCACGUUUCCGUUGCCAUGAUUCAUGUGAUGAUCAUCAUGCUUUCUAGAAGAUCUGUUACAUUGUUGAUAAAGGAUACAGCGAUAUUCCCCUUCACCGAGCAACCACAUCCAAGCUGUAAAGAUGUUAUUAGCCACCUUCUACGUAGCCAAUGAACUAUUUGUGAUGGCGCUAGCGGCUGGGUUUUUCCAAACAUUUGGAUUGUUUCAAGUUUCUUUGGUACUACUUGGAUGUGGUCUUGUUUCCGCGGAAAAUGAUUCAUCACCCCGAUUUCUAGUUGGCGAUUCACGAAACUGUCCUCUUACAAGCGGCGUUUAUCGCUUCGAGGUUCUUCCGGGAGGCGGCUGGGACAACCUAAGAAAUCUCCAUAUGGGCGCCGUUUCUGUGAUGAAUUAUUCCAAUUGUAAGACUUCGGACGACGGCAAGUAUCUCAUUCCCGAUGAUGUGUUCUUGUAUCCUGUCAAGGAAAGCAAAGUGCAUGAAUUCGCUGAAAUGUACGAUCACUGGAAUGACUAUUCGUCCACCACAGCGAAGUCUAUCAAUGAUGAAGCUUCGGGAAAAUUUCAUUUUGCAAGAAUAAGUGGUUCGUAUUCUUCUGAGUUCGAAUCAGUGAAGAAACAUCAAGUGGAAGGUAAGACUGUCAGCACACGAGCGCAAGUACGACAUCAUUUGUACACGGUGAAACUCCAACCCAAUGCCCCUCUACAGCUAGGGUUCAAGUCACGUUUGCUUGAAAUCGCUUCUCACUUACAGCACAACAAUACUGCCUUUGCCAGUUUUCUCGCGCAGGUAUUGGUUGGAGAUUUCGGAACGCACUAUGUUACAACUGUCAAGGCUGGAGCAGUCCUGGCUAAAGUCGAUCACUUGAAGAAGAAAUUUGUGGGUGAUUUCGAUAAAGACAAAAGUAAGAUUGCAGCAGGAGCGAGUGCAUCUUUUUUCGGGGUAUUUGGAGCCAGUGCGAGCUAUACUCACACAACUGACAAAAAAGUUUUGGAUCAAUAUAAACAGAACACGGUUUAUUCCACGGUAUAUACAUUUGGAGGACCUCCAUUCAGGGCGAAUUUUACCAUCAAUAAAUGGGAAGACCAAAUGGCAGACGAGCUGGUUGCAGUUGAUCGCUCAGGUGACCCUCUUCAUUUUGCAAUUACACCUGGAAGUGUACCAGAACUGUCUGAAGAACUGCUCUUUAAACUAACCAAAGUCGUUGAAAAAGCCAUAAAUCAGUACUAUGAGCACAACACCAUCAGAGGAUGCACCAAAAUGGACUCUCCGAACUUCAGCUUUCAGGCCAACCUCGAUGAUGGAUCUUGCGGGAGCCCAACCAAUAACUACACGUUUGGGGGUGUCUAUCAAACGUGCCAAUGUGAGGGCUCUCCAGCCAGUAAUCCUUGUGGGUCCUUUGUCCAGAAGAACCCUCUCACAGCCGACUUUACCUGUAGUAAUGGGUAUGAAGCAGUUAUGGUACAUCAAGGUCGCACACCACAAAGCUGCCAUCGCGAAUGCCACGGAUGGUUUGUUUUUAAAAGCUGUCACAACCUUUGUGGAUUCUCCAACUACUACACCUACUGGUGUGUUGCGAAGGGUUUGGCGCCUCCUAAUACGGGGUAUCUUUUUGGUGGACUCUACAGCGACGUGUUAAAGAAUCCAGUCACACAAGAUCACAGCUGCCCAUUGAAGUUUUACGCCCUGCGCUUUGGAGCCACCAUGCAUGUCUGUGUGAGCGAUGACUACGAGCUUGGCGUCCAGCGGUCUGUACCUUUUGGUGGCUUCUUCAGUUGCAAUGCUGGUAAUCCUCUUGGUGUGAAGAAAUCUGCAGAUAGUGCCAAAGGAUCAAACGGUCACUCAAGCCUGGAGUUGUUCGUGGAACAGUCUAGUCCGUCGGUAUGGCCCAAAACCUGUCCAAUUGGUUAUUCUCAACAUUUGGGAGCCAUUGACGAAGAUUGUGAGAUCAACUUCUGCGUGAAGUCGAAUGUAUUUAACAGCCAGGGGUUUCCCAUCAUCAAAAGACCUCCUUACUCGAAUGCGCCCAAAAUUUACAANUACACUGUGCCCUUGCUCGUGAUCAACAAUGACUCUGUACAAAUUUGA